AUGUCUGAGGCAGUCUUGAGAGAUUUUCCCUCGCUCUUCUCCCUGAAGGGCAAGGUUGCCGUCGUCACCGGCGGCUCCCGCGGUCUGGGUCUGCACGCCGCUUCUGCAUUCCUCCAAGCCGGUGCCGCCAAGGUCUUCAUCUCGUCGCGCAAGGCCAAGGCGUGCGAAGAGGCCGUCGCGGCGCUCAAGGCGCAGCCCAACCUCGCCCCCGGCGCCGAGAUCAUCUCGGUGCCCGCCGACUCGUCGACGCUCGCCGGCAUCAAGCAGCUGCUCGCCGCGGUGAGCAAGCACACGGACCACGUCGACAUCCUCUUCGCCAACGCGGGCGCGACCUGGGGCGCCGCCUUUGACAAGCACCCGGACGAGGCCUUUGCCAAGGUCAUGGACCUCAACGUCCGCGGCGUCUUCAACGCGAUCCGCGAGUUCGCGCCGCUGCUCGAGAAGCGCGCCUCGAUCCGCGACCCGGCGCGCGUCAUCAUCACCUCGUCCGUCGCCGGCCUCGGCAUCGGCAGCCUCGGCGAGCACGGCACCUACGGCUACUCGGCCUCCAAGGCCGCCGUCCUCCACCUCGGCCGCAACCUGGCCGUCGAGCUCGGCCCCCGCCACAUCACCGUCAACUCGCUCUGCCCGGGCUUCUUCCCCAGCAAAAUGUCCAACGGCCUGAUGGAGGCGACCGGCGGCGCCGAGGAAAAAGCAAAGGCCAACCCCAUGCAGCGCCUCGGCGAGCCCGAGGACAUUGCCGGCGCGGUCGUGUACCUGGCCAGCCGUGCGGGCUCCCACGUCAACGGCGAGACGCUCGCGGUCGACGGUGGCUCGCUCUGGCAGCGUGGCGAGAUGAUUUCCGCUGCCAAGCUGUAA